AUGCUCACCGAGGCAGCAAGAGACAGCGACAAGGUGGUUGGGGCGACAGCAGAUCGCGGAGUCGUUGGGCGUCAACGCCGCUGGACUUCCCCUGCCGUGGCUAGCAUCACCGAAAGGGUUGAGUGGUGCUCUGUUUUGAGAUGCAAAAACAGGGGUGUUUCGGUGAUGCGUGCGACAGAGCUUUACGUUGGGCGGCUAAGUGUGGGAUACGGUGGUGCAGGGCAGAGCAAUGGAGGUUUAAAAAAAAUGUGGCUUGGUGGCUUUCGACGUGCGUGGGAGAGUACCUCGGCAUGCUGGUCAGCGUCGCUAGAUGCUGUGCAUGGAGCUGGGCAGUUUCACAUGAUGGUGCAAAAUGCUGAUGAUAAUAUUUAUCCAGAAGAUGUGGAACCAACUCUGACAUUCAUUCUUCAAGAGUCAGGAAUCAUUCUUCUAAAUAACGAGCGAGGUUUCUCUGCUCAAAACAUCAGAGCACUCUGUGAUGUUGGUAAUUCGACGAAGAAAGGAUCUAAUGCUGGAUAUAUAGGGCAGAAAGGCAUUGGCUUUAAAUCCGUUUUCCGGGUUACAGAUGCUCCAGAGAUUCAUUCUAAUGGAUUUCAUGUCAAGUUUGAUAUAAGUGAGGGUCAGAUUGGUUUUGUUUUGCCAACAUUAGUGCCUCCAUGUAAUAUUGACUUGUAUAGUAGGUUGGCAUCUGGUGACACCAGUGAUUUGGAUGCCAAGCAAUGGAACACUUGCAUUGUACUUCCUUUCAGAACGAGAUUAUCAGAUGGAACUGUCAUGAAUAGCAUUAUGACCAUGUUUUCAGAUCUUCACCCAUCUUUGUUGCUGUUUCUUCACCGACUUAAGUGUAUUAAGUUUAGAAACUUGCUCAACAAUUCACUCAUAGUGAUGAGAAAAGAAAUCAUGGGGGAUGGCAUCGUUAGGGUUUCACAUGGGAAAGAAAAAAUGACAUGGUUACUAGCAUCUCAGAAGUUGCGAGCAGAUGUCAUUCGUCCUGAUGUGCGUACAACGGAAAUCUCAGUAGCAUUUACAUUGCAGGAAUCGAUUGAUGGGGAUUGCGUUCCAAUUCUAGAACAGCAGCCUGUUUUUGCAUUUCUUCCUUUAAGAACUUAUGGUCUGAAAUUCAUUCUUCAAGGUGAUUUUGUCCUUCCUUCAUCUAGAGAGGAAGUGGAUGGAGAUAGUUCUUGGAACCAGUGGUUGUCAUCUGAGUUUCCUGGUUUGUUUGUUGGUGCAGAGAGAUCCUUUUGUUCUCUUCUGUGUUUUAGAGAGAACCCUGGAAAAGCUGUGUCAGCAUUUAUGAGCUUUGUUCCGCUUGUUGGGGAAGUUCAUGGUUUCUUUUCUAGUCUUCCCCGGUUGAUUAUUUCUAAAUUACGAAUGUCGAACUGCUUACUUCUGGAAGGAGGCAAUGACAGAUGGGUUCCUCCAUGCAAGGUUCUAAGAGGUUGGGAUGAACAGGCCCGCAUUCUUCUUCCUGAUGGUCUGCUUAGUGAGCUUCUUGGCCUUGGUUUCUUGGAUAGAAAUAUAAAAAUGUCUGAUUCAUUAGCAAGGGCACUGGGUAUUCAGGAUUAUGGACCCACAAUUUUACUUCAAUUUAUAUCCUCUUUAAGUCAAGUGGAAAACGGUAUCAAAUCAAUGAGUCUGAGUUGGUUGUCUUCUUGGAUAAGUUCAUUCUAUAUAAUGUUAUUUCGUUCUGGACAAAUUCUGUUAAACUCUGAUACAGGAAUGGAUCUCAUAGAAAACCUUAAAAGGAUAAAGUUUAUUCCCCUUUCGGAUGGUACAUUCAGCUCAGUGAAUGAAGGUACAAUCUGGUUACCAUCUGACACUGGGUUUGAUGGUCAACAUCGACUUGAAGCUUUCCAAAGUUUAUUUGCUAAACUCCGGACUGUCAGUCCUGCCCUCCUUUCUGCAUCAACUUGUGCUACCUCAUUCAUGGACGUGAAUUUGGUAGACAACCUAACGAAGAUGUUUCACAGGAUUGGUGUCAAGCAGUUGUCUGCUCAUGAAAUUUUGAAGGCCCACAUCUUGCCAGCUGUAUCUAAUGACCGAAUUACAAAUAAGGACAAGCAUUUGAUGAUAGAGUAUAUUUGUUUUGCAAUGAUCCACCUACAGUCUAGCUGUCCUGAUUGUUGUGUUGAGAGGGUGAACAUAAUUUCCGAAUUACGAAAUAAAGCUUUCAUUUUAACAAAUUAUGGCUUCAAACGGCCUGUUGAGGUGUCAAUUCAUUUUAGUAAGGAAUAUGGAAAUCCAGUCAAUGCAAAUAAGUUGACUAAUGUUGUAGAUAUGAAAUGGCACGAGGUUGACGCCACCUAUCUGAGGCAUCCUGUUACUGAAUCAACCUCAUGUGGACUUAUGAAAUGGAGGGAAUUUUUCCAGGAAAUAGGUAUCUUGGAUUUUGUGAAAAUAUUUCAAGUUAAUAAGACUGUGGCCGAUAUUUCUCCUACCAUUUUUAAGAAUGUAAUGUGGGAAAGAGAUGUGGUUUCCCCAGAAUCAAUUGUCAUUGACUGGGAAUCUCAUGAAUUGGUCCAUUUAAUGUCCCUGUUAUUGAAAAAUGGCACACCGCAAUGUUGUAUCUAUCUGUUGGAGGUUCUCGAUACACUGUGGGAUGGUCAUUUUAGUGAGAGUGUUAAAGGUUACUGGAAUCCUAAGUCUGGUGGAGAUAGUAAACCCUUCAAGUCUUCUUUUUUGAGUAGCAUUUGUGAUGUCCAGUGGGUGGUAUCUAGCAUUGAUGAUGAGCUUCACUAUCCCAAAGAUUUGUUUUAUGAUUGUGAUACAGUACGCUCGAUUUUGGGUGCUUCUGCUCCAUAUGCUGUUCCGAAGGUGAGAUGUCAAAAGUUAGUUAGUGAUAUUGGGUUUAAGGUUAAAGUUACCAUGGAUGACAUUUUGGAAAUUCUAGAAGUAUGGAGAAGAUCUAGGACACCUUUUAAGGCCAGCAUAUCACAAAUGUCAAAAUUGUACACGAUCAUUUGGGAUGAAAUGAACACUUCAGAGAAGAAACUCAAAGAGGAGUUGACUUCAGGACCUUUUAUAUUUUUUCCGUCUGCAUCCGGCUCUAGGCUUGAGGAUGUGGUACCUGGUAAGUUUUUAUCUCUUGAAGAAGUAUGUUGGCAUGAUCCAACUGGUGCCCUGGACCAAAUGAAGGAGAUUCAUCCUUAUCACAGUUUGACAGAAGCGAAUCGUAGUCCCUUGACCUGGACACUGAGCAGUAUUUAUCCAGGCCUUUGUGACUUUUUCAUGGAUGGCUGUGGUUUACAUGAGACCCCUCCUCUCUGCAGCUAUUUACAGAUUUUGCUUCUGUUAUCUACUGUUGCUUUGCCUUCACUUGUUGCUAAUAUAGUUUUUGAAGUUUUUCUCAUGUGGAGUGAUGGACUGAAAUCUGGACUACUAACUCCAGAAGAUGUCAUUUACUUGAAACAAUGUCUUUUGAAAUCAGAGUUUAUGGUGCUUCCAACUGAACAAGAUAAGUGGGUCUCACUGCAUCCGUCCUUUGGCCUUGUGUGCUGGUGCGAUGAUAGGAAGUUAAAGAAGCAAUUCAAGCAUUUCGAUAAGAUUGAUUUUCUGUACUUUGGCAAACUUAGUGAGGAUCAAAAAGAGAUACUUCAGACAAAAGUUUCUGUACUCAUGGAAAACUUAGGGAUUCCCGCUCUCUCUGAGGUUGUAACUCGUGAAGCUAUAUAUUAUGGCCUGGUAGACUGUAGCUUCAAAGCAUCGUUAGUGGGCUGGGCUCUUCCUUAUGCUCAGCGCUACAUCUGUAGUGUACACCCCAGUAAUUAUAUUCAACUCAAGCAGUCUGGAUUCAGUCUUCUGAAUCGUCUGCAAGUCGUUGUUGUUGACAAGCUGUACUACAGGAAUGCUAUAAAGAGAGGUGCUGGUGCAUCGAACAAACGCAUUGAAUGUAGCUGUCUUCUGCAGGACAACAUUUUGUACACCACCGAAGAAUCUGAUUGUCAUGCCAUAUAUAUGGAGCUGUCUCGUUUACUAUUUAAUGGAACUCCGAAUUUACACUUGGCCAAUUUCCUUCACAUGAUCACAAACAUGGCCGAAUCAGGAUACACUGAGGAGCAGACGGAGUUUUUCAUCUUGAAUAGCCAAAAGGUGCCAAAGCUUCCUGACGAGGAAUCUGUGUGGUGCCUCUCAGCCAUGCCUUCUUUGACAAAGAAUGAUGAUUCACCCCAGACAAGUUUUAGUUCAAAAGCAACAGAUGAAAAAAGUUAUUUAAACCCCAAAAGGAAAGCAAGAAAGAACUCAAACUGGCCGCCUGUGGAUUGGAAAAGUGCACCAGGUUGUAGUUAUGCUCAGGCAAAUGAUUUUAAGACACGGGAAACAAGUGCACAGCAUGGGGGCAGCCCACAAAAGAAAGAGGAUAAUUAUGAAGGGACAGUCAUGCAAACGGAUAAUGUUGUUUCUAUCUCAACCUCUGAUGAUUGGACCAUUGAAGAUGAUUCAGCAGCGGCUGCUAUGGCUUUUGUUUUGUCAGAUAACAACAAUUUGGAAGAUCACUCUGACCAAGCUUGCAAUCAGAUUGAUUCUGGAAUGAAAGUUGAAUUUGAUCCCCUUGAUUUAGAUACUAAGCCUGAUGGCUCUGAGUUUGCUUCAUCUAAUUUUCACACGAGAGACCAACUUAGAGCUGGGACAUCUGAUGCAACACAAGCUGCACGUACGGGGAGACUGGGUGAACUUGUUGCUUUCAAAUACAUUAUUGGGAAAGUUGGUGAGACGAUUGUGAAGUGGGUUAAUGAAGAUAGUGAAACUGGUUUACCCUAUGACAUUACUGUAGGGGAGGAGAAUAGCAAAGAGUACAUUGAAGUUAAAGCGACCAAAUCUCAAACAAAGGACUGGUUCGACAUAUCAACAAGAGAGUGGCAAUUUGCGGUGGAUAAAGGUGAAUCAUUCAGCAUUAUGCAUGUUGUUUUAUUAGGAAAUAAUGUUGCAAGGGUCUCAAUGUUCAAGAAUCCCGUAAAAUUAUGUCAGUUAGGCAAGUUGCAAUUGGUUGCUAUGAUGCCAUCGCCACAGGAUCCAUUGUCUCCUGAGACUGGACCCAUUUUCACAUGUACUUAUGGGGGAUUGACUCCGUAAAGUGUUAGCCAAAGUAUGACUGCCGUCACAGAAAUCAUUUGAAACAACAGAAGUUAGUGUAUGCCGAAUCUUUCUUUCGAUGUUGGGGAGAAUUGAUUAAUGACUACCAUGGCACUUGGAACCGAGAGGCCAUUCCAGGUAAAGUGCAUAAACAAAGUUAUGGUUCUGCAAGAGAAAGCAUGUGCUGGAACCUCAACAUUUUGUCCUGCGAGGGAAGCAUGAUUAGGGUGAGUGAGUGUAGGAUUUGGAGGAACUCCACAGUGGAAUUCCUUCCUUCAAAAUGGUGGCCGACUGCCAAAGGUGUCUUAUGUACUGAAGGAUCCUAUAUCUUCAUACAUUGUUGUGUUCAUAGAUUAAAGAUUGUCAAAUGUAUAUAUUCGCACUUAUCAAUAAUUAAAUUCAAA